AUGGACGGGGGCGGAGUGCUCGAAUGGUGCAAUGCCACCCGUUUUUCCAUGGCCAACGAUCCUGGCCGUCAGCUUUUUCACGACCAAGUUCAAAACCACGGCCUGCUUUUUCUUGACGACUACCUCGACAACAUUUUAGCUGGACCGCGGCGAGACCCGCUCAUUGAGCUCGUCAAAACACCCGGUCGCAACAAGGCAUCUGCAAAGAAACUGGUUUCUAGUUCCGCAUUAAAGACAACGGUCACAUACUCCCUCGAGGACGACUCGCCUUCCAAAGAAAAUGUGACGCCAGUGAAUGCAUUCCACCAGAAGCUCAUCCAAGCACAAAACGAAACUAUACCAACCAGUCUGGCUGAUACUGAGCCUGUUCCAGUCACCGAACCCCCACCACCAGUUCAGAGUGAAUUAUUUGUCAUCACCGAAGACGAUGAGAACGAGAGGAGUCGUGUGUCUCUCGGUGUUCAACAGGACACCAUCAUGACCGUUGUGGCCGAGACGCACCAGCCAAUCCCAGCGGAGCCUGAAUGUACACCAACUAUCGAUCCCACACCACUACCUCCAACCGACUCGAGUAUUCGUCCAGCCACUCCGAUCACAUCCCAAGAUGUUGUCGACACUGAAAUGCGACCAGUGUCACCAGAGCCUGAACCAGUGCAUUCAACGCAAGCUUCAACAGAUAGCACUUCAAGUAUUACGAGUGUUCAUAAACCAUCCUUACCUGCCCUACCUGCCCCCAUGCCAUUCCGGAAAUCAUUCAAAGCACCAGUCGCGGAGUCCUCCAAUGCUCAAACCACCGCUGUCACCCCAGGAGCUGGCUUGAAACGAACUUCAUGCGACCGACUCUCCCCCCCUCCUGCCAUCAUCCCACCGGCCCAAAAGAGGAAGAGUGGCGAUAUGCUUGGUUUGGCUCCUGCCGCAGAUACCCAAGAGGGAGAGGAGGAGGAGGCCGAGAGACCCAUCAAGGCCGCAAAAGUCAGUCAAGACGAUGUCGCCGCCACUCAGCCAAAAGCAUCAGAUGAUCUAAGAGCCGAGCCCGAUGCCGACGACGACGGUCUACUAACCCAACUCAAAAAAACUGUUGAUGGUUUAGGCGCUCGAUUGGGGAAGAGCAUGGGAAAAUCUCUUGGGGGAACGGCUGCCAAUGCUUUGGCGGAAGCGCGCGCUGCUGCAGAGGCUCGAAUCGCAGAGAGAAACAAUCGCGAAGAAGAGGAACUCACAGUGGCAAUGGGAGAACCAGUUGUUGAUCCCAUCCCAGAAGCCGAGCCAACAUUAGAUGUUUCAAGUCAAGAAGAAGUGACCAAUGUCGCAUCUCAUUCAAGACUGAGCGUGUCAGACCUUGUUACUUCUUCAGAGAACACGAGUCGAACACAGAACAAACCUCUCCCCUCGGUACCCUCUCCACCCUUGUUCCAUCGCAUCCCAGCCGGUCCGGUGUUCAACAAACCCGUGUUUACCCCUCCAAAACCUUCGACUACCUCUGCCUUCAAGCUACCAGCAACCAAUCCGUUUUCUCGCCCGGCGCCUGUGUCAGUCGGCCUUGGGACACGACUUCCAUCACCCCAUGCUCUCACAACUGCACCACUUUCUGCGCAAUCCACGCUCGAGAGUAUCAAAUCCGAGACAAUUUUUGACAGCCAAGAGACUCCAGCAUGGAUGCCAUCGACACAAGAGACUGAGUACACUUCUGGCUUCGGCUCGCAGUCGCAAUGUUCUCCGCCUCGUGGGCAGACAAACAACCUUGAUGAUGACGAUAGUUGGCCUCUCCAAGAGCGUCUCGCAGCGACUUCAUCCUGGCUCGCAAACACGGGGAACGCGAAGGAUGAUAGUUUGACCUGGAGUACCCUGCCUACCUCCAGCGUGAGAAGAGACACUGGGACUAUUGCGCAACCUCUCAGCGAGCCGGUCCCAGAACCUCUAGGCGCAUCGGUCGUACAACCUUUAGGUGAAUCAAUCGCUGACGAUGUUGACAUUGGUUUCUUGAAUGACCAAGACGCUGAUCGUCAUGAAGAACAACCAAUUCCUGGCUCGUUCCACAUGGAUAUCGAUGUCUCUGACGAUGAUGAGGAUGCCAAUGCACUGGAUUUAGAGUUGCAAGAGAAUGAGACGAGAAGCCAGAGUCAGAUGUCUUUGGAUUCGACAACAUCCUCUCAAUCUCACAACCAAGGCGGAUUCUUCGGACAUGCCACCAAACUUGUGAGCAGCAUGCUCGGCUCAAGUAAGAAGGGCAAACCUGAAGUUAAGAGUCUACAACUCGCUGCGGCGGCGGCCAAGAAGGUAUAUGUCCGUCACAAUAAUCGUGCGUUAGGUUCUAAUUCCCGGUUACAGCAACAGGAGGAGAAGGAAAAGAAAGCCAACAGGCUCAAAGAGAUGGAAAACCGACGUCAGGCCGCAUUGCAGCGAAAGGCCGACGAAGAAAAGGCAAAAGCGCUGGAAGAGGAACGCAAACUUAGAGAAGAUAACGAACGUCGGAAGAAAGAACGCGACGAACUCACUGAUAAGAGGCCGCUUGUCAAGAGUGUCGUGGUCAAAAAGAUCCCAGUGGAAAGCGAGAAGAAGCCAGAGCUCAAGAAAGUGGCGUCAAAACCGAAUCUUAAUGCGUCGACAAGCACCAAGGUUCCUGUUAAAUCGAAUGUCAGCAAACUGCCAGCUGCCGCGCCUGUUGCAUCAACAAGCAAGCCGUUGGAGAUGCCGAAAACUCAGACCAAGGGCAAAAUGCCAGUUAAGGCGACUGCCAUGGACGACGAUAUUGCCCAACCUUCUCAAAUUUUACAAACACAAAUGGCUGCUCGAGCCAAGGCUCAACUUCAGGCCGCUAAUCCAACAACGCCAGUUGUCGCUAGUGAGAACAUUGAACUACCUGAUAUCAACAGUGAAUAUUCCGAUUCUGAUGAUGAAGAUCGUCCUCGUAGUUUCAACCCCCCAUCAUGGGCGCAAUCCCCCGACCUUCGUCAAGCUUUGGAAAUGCAAAGUACCAUCAAUCCGGACGACAUUUUCGGGGCGAUUAGGCCUCUGAAGAUGGAUGAGCUUUUCAGGAAUCGCACAGGUCGUUUCCGUGCUCGAACUAGCUCCGCAAAUUGGACAGGUACCGACGGUUUGACUAUAGAAGAACAAAGGGAAUACUCCACUCCCUUCCUCCGUCACACCAACUCCAUUAUGGCUUCGUCUGCGUCGUCCCCGGAGAUGCCAGCAGCCUCAGCCGUAGCAUCCGAAAACCUGCUUUCCUACACCCAUGCAACCCAUGACGAGGUUCUCGAAGACCUUUCAAGCCGAUUUAUUCUCAAUCUUCCUGAAGAAGAGCUUGCAUCGCUGGAGCGUAUAUGUUUUCAAGUGGAACAAGCACAUUGGUUUUACGAAGACUUCAUUCGUGAACAAAACCCCAAAUUCCCCACUCUCCAUCUCAAGAAAUUCUCCGCGAUGCUUUUCAAUGCCUGUCCUAUGCUGCAUCAGUGGAACCACGACCACGAGCAGGCUUUCAACCAUUUCAUGCUAUAUAAAACCCGAGUCCCCGUUUGUGGAGCGAUAAUGCUGAACGAUAAAUGGGACAAAGUCCUGGAGGAAACAGGUUAUAAUUUGGCUGGCCAGUUGAACAAAGAGGACGUGAUUGAGGUGUCCAUUAAAGAGCAGAAAAUAGCGCUCUACAUCGUACCCAAUGUACCCGAAGACUAUCCCUUCAAGACAAGGACCCGGAAGGAGAUCAGUAAAAUCGACUGGUUCAAAUUGACAGACCUCCCGACGUGGAAACGAAGCAAACUUUCUCCUGGAAAAUUUUAUCUCAUCACUCCAUUUAUUGGUCCUCUGAAAGCUUUCAUCAAUGAGCGCAAGCCACGUAGCCCACCACGCAAAGGCCAGAAACCCAAGAAACCACCACCAACCAAUAAUAUACCAAGAGAGCCAUCGCCACAACUGCCUGAGGAAUCCAGCUCUCAGUCAUCUUCGAUGGAUAAUGGCGAUCCUCAAACCCCUUCUCCGCAAUACGCCACUGCCACAGCCACAGUCGUACAACAAUCGUCGAAUUUGGACCCAGACAAGAUGGACCCCCAUUUUGCCCGACUACUUUCUUCGUUAAGCUUGUCUGCGGCUACUGCAACGGGUCCGCAAGAAGGAGAGAAAGUUCUGACAGUGAAAACGACGGAGUCGGUUCGAGAGGCUUCCACACCUGUCCCAGUCACAGCUUCCUCUUCUGGUUCACGAUCUUUACCUGCUAUGAACGACGCCACUAGUAUGGAAGGGGAAGCAUCGUCACUCGUUCCCACGCUCAAUCCACAAUCUUUGCAGCCUAUACAAUCACCCUCACCACUCAUUUUGAACCCAAGGCCAAGCGAUCAACCCCCUCUAACCGAUUCCGAAGCAAUAAUGUCGUCGCCAACAGCCUCUAUCAGAUCAUUAGGCUCACGUCGAACGGCUAGCACGGCAGACAUAUCUCCGUAUUUGUCGCGAUCUACCCAAAUGCCGAGUACUGCCAAACGAAUGCAACAACUGGCUUUACUCGAAUCUGUUGCCGAUGAAUCAGCCAAAUUACUCCAACGCCAGACUCCACCAAUUUUAUCACCACCACUCCUUCGUCAAUAUCCUAUUCCUCCUGCUUCGGUUCCUCCGCCACCGGUAUUUGACCCUAUGCAGGUCUUGUACUCGUCUGGCUAUCCUAUUCCUCCGCAACUGCCGCCCCAUGACCCUUUCCAAGUGAGACCGUGGACAAGUCAGGCGUUUCACCGUGGCCCAGCGAUGAGCAUGUCGCAAGCUCAAAUCCAAGCACUCGCAAAUAACCAACGAGUCCCGAUGGGAGCCUAUCGACCUCCAUUUGUUCACCCGAUCGCCCCUCGAACCCUACCUACUCCCGGCGACAACUCUGGUUUGCUUUCUAUACUAAACGGACGACGUGGAUAG